AUGUCUAAGUCGUCUCAAUCUUCUCUGAAUACGAAUGAUUCUUCUUGUGAUCUAGUUUUCGGAAAUGACGAUCAAAUCAACGCAUUGGCAAAGUUACAACACGUCAUUUUACCGAACCAGAGAUUCAAAGAUGAGAAGUCCAUAAAAGAAUUGAGAUCUGAUCCAAAGUACUUAUAUGUCACCAACUGGCUCUAUACUUGCAGAGGUUUUAUAAAGUUGCAAUCAGAACAUUUUGAUAUUGACCUAUUUGAAAUAGAGUUGCUUAAUUUGGUAUAUCCUCCCCCAAUCGACGAGUCCGUUUUAUUUAUAAACAAAUUAAAAGUGUCCCUCAUCACUACUUUACAAAACUCAAAAAUGUCAUCUCUCAAUAACUUUGAGAAGAUUUUUAGGAUGUGGUUUGGAUUAGAUACAUCUUUGAAAGGAAAUGAAGACGAGGAUGAUAUCACUGAGGAGCCUUUAUUUGAUAAUUUAAAAAUUUACGAAAAGUUUGAAAUACUUUAUAUACUCAUCAGUUACAUUAGUCAAUAUUCCCUGUUCAGGACUUGGAUUGAUAAGAAUAACGUUUCCAUGGACAUGCUUAGGAAUACUCCAAUUUACAGUGAAGUCCUAAAUAAGGGUAUUAUUGAAGAGUAUUUAUUAUUCUUUGACAGCUCUAGUUUAUACAAAAGAGUUUCUAAUUUCCACUCCUUACAGAUACCAAAAAAAAGACUGCAAGCACCAUCAGAUCCAGAGUCGUUUUAUGAAGAAGAUCAAUUCGAUGUUCGCAACGUGACUUAUGAGUUGAUAUACCGAAAUAUUUACGAAUUCAGCUCUUACUUAAAAAAUUUGAAAAAGAAGAAAAACUCAAAGAUGAAUAAGGAUAUUUCAGCUAAAAUUUCUCGGUCUUCUAUAGUAGAUGCUGUGUUUCAUAGCGAAAUAAAAAAGCGAAAAGUUUUAACGAACCGGAGAAAGGAAGUCCAACUCGCAAAUCUUUUAGCUACUAGAAAGCGGUCUUCAAGAUUAGAAGCCAAAGAAAAACAAAAGAAUGAAGAGCUUAGAUUGUUGAAAAUACAAGAAGAAGAGGAAUUGAAAGUUGCAGCUGAGAAGAGAUUGGAAAGAAGGCGACUAGCAAGGGAUGAACAAUUUCAAGGCAUUUCAAAUUCAAAUGGAAUCACUAGAGAAGAAAGGCUAAGGAACAGGAAAGAAAACUCGUUUAUUGCUACUCCAGAACCAGAAGCUCUGUUCAUUGCUACUUCAGAUUCUGAAAAAGAUGCCCUUAAGGCAAGCGAUGAAACAAGUAUUGAGAGUCAUACUUCAAAUAUGAAUAAUCAAGUAGCCGAUCAAAAUGAGAGUGCAUUGAUAUCGAGAACUGAAUUGAUAUGGCCUGCUCAAAAACAACAUGAAAGCUUUAAUACUGAAAGUGAGUCAAAUGUAGAAAAAGACACAGCAGACCUGGUUGAAAGAUUUUCAUAUCCUACUUAA